AUGGACAGCAAUGUAUCCCCCGAGUCUCCCGUCGAAAAACAGCCUGUGAUUGGGCUCAUCGGCAUGGGUGCCAUGGGCAGGAUGUACGCGAAGGUCCUUGCGGAAGCCGGCUGGCAAAGAUUGGUGGUUUGCGACAUCCCUGAAAAGUUCGAGAGCUUGAAAGAAGAAUACAAAGACAAGAAGAACAUCAUCGUUGUUCGGGAUGGUCAUGCAGUCGCUCGGUGUUCGGAUUUCAUGGUAUACUCGGUAGAAGCAGAGUUCAUCGAACGCGUCGUUGCAGAAUACGGUCCCUCCACCAAGGUGGGCGCGAUCGUCGCCGGCCAAACGUCGGUUAAGGCGCCAGAGAGGGAAGCAUUCGAAAAGCACUUGCCGUCCGAUACCUAUAUUCUCUCGUGCCAUUCGCUGCAUGGCCCAUCCGUCUCCCCUUUUGGCCAGCCGCUCAUUUUGAUCCAACAUCGGGCGCCUGAUUGGGCUCUGCAACUGGUCGAAAACAUCCUGCGCCCGCUUGGAUCUCGCUACGUCUAUCUUUCGUACGAGGAUCACGACUCGAUCACCGCCAACACGCAAGCGGUGACGCAUGCUGCGUUUCUCAGCAUGGGCAGCGCGUGGUGCUCCCGUACGAACUAUCCUUGGGAGGAAGGCCUAUACGUCGGGGGGAUCGAAACUGUCAAGGUGAACCUCACACUGCGCAUCUACUCCAACAAAUGGCACGUAUACGCAGGCCUCGCCAUCCUAAACCCCAGCGCCCGCCUGCAAAUCGACCAAUACGCCAAAAGUGCGACGGAGCUGUUCAAAUUGAUGCUCAAAGGCGGGGAGGGCGCGAAAGAGCUUCGGGAGCGGGUGGAGUGGGCACGAGCGACGGUGUUCGGGAACGGCAACGGUCGUGCGGACGGUGGAGCCCCGCUUGGAAAAUCGACGAAGAGUCGGCGCCCUAUCCUACUUUCCGAACGCCUCCUGGAUCGGUUUACUAUGGCUCCCACUCCGCCUUCCCAUCCUGCGUCACUUCCAGAUUCUUCCAGUGCUACGAAGGACAAUGGGAUUCCCGUUCUACCGGUUCAUCAAAAGCCAAACUCCCACCUUUCGCUACUCACUAUGGUCGACUGCUGGGCCCACUUAAAUAUCAAUCCCUUCCAUCUUCUGUCCCUCGCUGCGACCCCCAUAUUCAGACUCUUUCUCGGUGUCGCCGAGCACUUAUUCAGAAAUCAGGCUUUACUUGAUGCUGCUUUACACAGUGCACUCAACGACACUUGGCACCGGGAUGAUGACCUCGAAUUUGUGGUCGCUGCCCGAGGUUGGAGUCAGUGCGUCAGUUUUGGGAGCUUCGAAGUGUAUCGAAAACGAUUCGAGGCCACGAGAAGCUUCUUUGAAGAACGGUUCCCCGAGGCCAAUGCUCGUGGGGGAGAGAUGAUCAAGGCCAUUAUGGAGAGCGAAGCAGAACGGGAGAAAGACGAAGAGUCUGACUCGUCUUCCGGAUGA